AUGUCUGCGGAAUCGUGGCCGCCUCAGCUCAAAGAAUGGGUCGCUAAAUGUCUGGGCCAAAUGACCGACACGAAUAGGAUAGAAGCUCAAGCCGAACUAAGACAGGUAAUUGCUGACGCUUUCGCUGCCCACACCCUCUGGACGACGGAUUGGGCCGGGGUUCAAUUGCAAAGGUCCCGCAACACUAAAUUCCGUUUCAGUCUCCUUCCAAAGCCCGUACCAAGUUUCAAUCACCUAAAACGCAAGACCUUUGAUAAUGCUCCUACGAAUAAAAAGGCCAAAAAAGCUGCACUUAAAAACAACUCCACAGGCCCUCAAACAACCGAUUUCAAUGAUCAAGCUGCGUUGAACCGCAGAGCACAACGUUUUCAGCGUGAACAUGAAUUGGAACGAUCUAAAGGCUCGAUUAAUAGCAACGGGCCCUUGCGAGCAAAUUCUCAAAAUGCCCAUUUAUUUAAUAACGGUCAUUCUAUGGCUUUGCGGUCAGCAUCACCCUACGGCAGCCUGGAAGAGCCAGGAGCGGACCCGAACGUUAUGGAUUGGGAUCGCUUUACCAUUGUCGGUACCUCUCAGGAGAUUUUCAAAGAUUAUCUACGAUUAACAAGUGAACCGAAACCAGAGACGAUACGUCCUUAUGCUGUUCUCCAAAAAACACUGCUAGAACUUAAAAAACGUUGGCGGGAGAAAUGCCCCUACAACUGGAUUUGUAACCAGUUUAAGAGUCUUCGGCAGGAUCUCACAGUACAACGAAUAAAGAACGAAUUUACAGUUCAAGUGUAUGAGAUUCAUGCUCGAAUGGCGUUGGAGAGUAGUGAUAUGGUGGAAUACAAUCAGUGCCAGGCCACUCUGAGGACGCUUUAUGACCUUGGAAUACCAGGCAAAGUUGAGGAGUUUACGGCCUAUCGUAUUCUGAUGCUUCUGCACGGCCGAAACCGGAGUGAAUUAAAUCUUUUCGUAGGUCAGCUAACACCCAAACAGAAAGCGGAUCCGGCCGUUCGGCAUGCACUGGGAGUGCAGCGAGCGUUGGCGAUGGGCAACUAUCAUUCACUUUUCGAUCUGUACCUGACAUCGCCGAACAUGGGCGCGUACAUUAUGGAUCAUUUCAUUGACCGAGAGCGGGUCAAGGCGCUGAUGAUUAUCACAAAAGCGUACAAAACAAUAUCUCUCACUUUCAUCCAAAAUGAGUUAGCCUUUGAUUCGGCGGAUUUGGCACGGACUUUCCUCGUAGAGCACUCAGCCGCAUUCUUUACCAACGCCCAUAGUCCGGACGAACAGAAGACGCUAGACUGCAAAUCUGCAAUGCCUCGUCUUGCGCAAGUCCUUGAGGAGAAGUAUCGCAAGGUUCUGAUUAAAGGCGCAAUAUGA